UUGCCCUGGCAAGGAUGUUGCCGGUAGUGGUCAACUGCGCUCAUGCAUUAGUUGUUACCACCCUGUUCCCUGUACUGCGCUGGGCCCGAGCUGUCUUGUGCCUGUACGAUCAGCUCCUAGCUUUACCUUUAUCUAGCUCGGUAACAGCGAGGUCGACAAUAUCGCUGUUCGUGAAUGAUCAAGCUGUCAUUGGAACGUCCUGACACGACGUCACGCAACACACACCGCUUUGGCUCACCAUCGUAAACGUACACGGAUCCCCUCGUUGUCGUUCGGCGCCCUGGAAACUGUCAUUAGAAUAGAAGCGUUAGAUUGACGAAGCCUACUUCGACUAAAAGCCAGCAGGCGACAUCGGAGGAAGAGACGCGAUCAGCUGGGAAAAAGGUGUCAUCGACUACAACUUCGUGAGUCGUGCCUAGUCAGGUACGGCUGAAGUGCUGUCAGCAAUUAGAAGAGUAAUCAAGCUGAAAAAGCGUCGUCAUGGCGGAAGCACAUUCAGCCGUCGCAUUCAAUUUCACCGUCACCCAUGAAGGAGUGUAUAUUGAUUACGACAAAGAACUCAUUUCGAUCUUGUGGAAAGCUGGUGCGAGGUCGUGGCGCAAACGGUUUGCUCGUUUUAUCAAUAACAUUCGCAAUGGUUUAUACCCAGCUUCGCAUCGGUCGCUCGCACUGGUUUGGGCCCUUAUGUUUGGCGGCGAAAUCUCACAGAAGCCUUGGGCAGAUCUUUCGUUUGGAACCGUAGAUAAGGUGGCUUCCUGUAUGCCAAAGCAAUUAUCGAAAGUUCACCCCAGUUGUCCUCGAGGAGUGGCUGUCGUUGUGACUGGUGCCGGUAUUUGGACAUGCUUAGCCCUCUUUAGAAGAUAUAUGCUCAAGAGCCUUUUUACCUACAAGGGAUGGAUAUACGAAUCCCGGGCACGAGACACCAAACCGUCCAUUCCCACGAGGCUCUGGAUUAUUGCAGUGCGCGUGUGCGAGGGCUCGUCUCCAUUACUCUAUUCGUACCAGUCAUGUUUACCGAAACUUCCGCUGCCGUCUGUAGCAGAUACUAUGUCGCGUUACUUGAAAUCCGUAAGGCCUCUGAACGAUGAUGAGAACUUCAAACGUUUAGAACAGCUCGCUAAGGAUUUUACGAAUGGCCCUGGGCGGCGCUUCCAAAGAUAUCUCUGGUUCAAGUCCUGGUGGGCUCCUAACUAUGUUACUGAUUGGUGGGAGGAAUUCAUCUACUUGCGUGGCCGAAGCUCGAUCAUGGUCAACUCAAAUUUCUACGCCUCGGACCUAAUUCUAAUGCUGCCAUCGUCCAACCAAUGCGCUCGUGCCGCUAACCUUAUCUACGCAGCUUUCUUGUUCCGUCGCAUGAUCGACUACGAAACCUUGAAACCCAUCCUACUUCAAGAAGUAAUUCCGCUUUGCUCCGCUCAGUACACGCGCACGUUCAACACGUGCCGAAAGCCUGGAAUAGAAACUGACCGAAUAGAGCAUUACCACGACUCGACGCACAUCGCUGUCUAUCACAAGGGUCGUUACUACAAGGUCACAACGUAUUACAAGAGCCGAUUGCUCAGCCCACCUGAGCUACAGCGGCAGCUUGAGCAGAUCGUGAAUGAUGAUAGUAAGCCAGCACCAGGUGAGCUCUAUCUGGGCGCACUAACUGCUACAGACCGUAAGAUAUGGGCCGAAACGCGAAAAAAUCACUUCAGACAAGGACAAAACAAGGUAUCACUGGACGCGAUUGAAAAGUCCGCGUUUAUGGUUGUGCUCGAUGAUGAAGCAUUCGUCUACGAUAGAAACGAUCCCAGUAAAAUGGAUCAUUACUCGCAGAUGCUGUUACAUGGCAAGGGUUUUGAUCGGUGGUACGAUAAAUCGUUCAAUUUGAUUAUCGGCAAGAACGGCCGUGCUGGCGUCAACGUUGAGCACUCUUGGGCCGAUGCACCUGUAAUUGGUCAUUGCUGGGAGUAUUGCAUUUAUGAGGACCAUGCUACGCUCGGUUAUGAAGCCGAUGGCAAUACAAAAGGCUAUAUUGGCUCUGGAACACAACUGUCGCCCAAGGAGCUUCCAAAACCUAUUCGUCUUCGGUGGGAUCUCAACGAAGACUGUCAAGCCGUGAUUACCAAAGCGAAACUGCAUGCCAGUGAGAUCUUGAGUGACGUGGAUCUACAUGUAGAGCAUUUCAAUAUAUACGGCAAACGAAUCAUCAAAAAGUGCCGCGUAUCACCUGAUGCUUAUCUACAGAUGGCUUUACAGCUUGCUUAUUUUCGCGAUCAAGGAAGGUUCAGCCUGACCUACGAGGCAUCGAUGACCCGUUUAUUCCGCGAAGGCCGAACUGAAACUGUGCGUCCAGUAACACCAGAAUCCUGCGCUUGGGUGCUUAGCAUGCUUGACAAAAACGCCACCAACGAAGAACGUAGGAAAAAACUUGUUGAAGCAUGCAACAUACACCAAAGGGGAUAUCAAAAUGCUAUGUGUGGCAAAGGGGUGGAUAGGCACAUGUUCUGCCUCUAUGUCAUCUCUCGUUACCUCGAGGUAGAUUCACCCUUUUUGAAAGAAGUCCUUUCUGAACCCUGGAGGCUGUCGACUUCGCAGACGCCCAUAAAUCAAACGGGUUCCCUUAACUUUGACAAACAUCCCGAAUGGAUCUGUGCUGGCGGUGGCUUCGGCCCGGUUGCUGAUGAUGGCUACGGCGUUAGCUAUAUGAUUGCGGGAGAAGACAAUUUCUUCUUUCAUGUGAGCUCUAAGAAAAGCUGUGCUGCUACGGACUCCACGCGACUAGGUGAAAACAUUAGGAAUGCUUUGGUUGAUAUGAAGGCAACUUUCGCAUAAGGGUUUGCAAAAGAAAUGAAGAAAUGAUGGCAUCUCGAUGAUGCGCCUACGUUAGUUCUAACAACAUCACCUUUGCAAGCUAGUUAACAUGACCAAAAAAAGAAAAGCAAACAUUUUCGAUUUAAUGCUAAAUUUAUCAUUGUGCUCAGAUUUACACGGUCACGAGAAAUGAAAUACAGCCCCUUUGAAGUGUAGAAUGCUUGUGCACUCUGGGAUGUUUACCUGCUGAAGCCAACAAGCUUUUCGAUUGCUGCACAUAGCUUUCAGGUGUUUUGUAGGUUGUGUCUCGAGAGUGAUUCUCGACUUACAAGUAGCGACAACAAUGCGACUCUAAUGAAAAUUAAUAAAAACAAAUGCAAUCAAUGCCAGUUCUCUGACAUCAAACAGUGUGUUAUUUAUUUACAAACUGAAAAUAAUAUUAUUGUUAUUAUUAUCAAAGUAUGUGUCAGCUUUAUACAAUAACGGAAACGCAUUGUGGUUCCUCUCAACAUGCCCUAUACUUGUAGUUGUUAUCAUUAACUAUACAAAAGGGUGGGUAGAAUACGGUAGGACUCAAGAUUUUUUGGGAGAGCAUUUAUUAAUAUUCUAGAUAUUUUAAUUAUUACAUUAGCCACAAUUCUACCCACGGAUGUUGUCGUCGCAUCAUCUCACAUUUUCAAGAUAUCACUUCAAACAUAUAUAUACCUGGCACGCUCCUUAAUCAAUGGGUAUGUGUCUUCCUUGUUAGCGCUUGUUUUUCGUUCUACUGGGGUCUAUAGUUAAGAGGUACAAACUAAAAAAAAAUACGAAUCUCGAACGAUCAUCGGACUUCGUGAGACUUUACAGAAAAUCAGUAAUCUUAGUAAGUGAUAAUAAUAACAACGGUUAUAA